CCCACACUUCUAGGUGCUUUCUUAUUCUGUUCAGUCUUCUUCGUGUGUCAAAGAUGCAGGCUGUUAGUGUUGGACAAUCACUUUGGAUAUACAAUCUGAUUUUCACUUUUCUACAACUUUUGGGAAGACUUUCAGCUUCCACUUCCUCUCCUCCUCUUACGUCACCUACUCUGGACAUCUAUUCAAGGUCAAAGGGCUCGGUGGUUCUGGUCUGCCGGGCCCCAGAUGGUCAGAGAGGGGUUAAGUUUAUGUUGUACCGAAACAAAAAAGAGGUGGACUCUCAGGUGCUGGAGUCUGGUGCUGAGGAGGUUCAUUUCACUGUGAAGGAAAAUAAUACAGCGCAACUCUUCUGCUGUAUCUACAAAGAACAGGGUCGUUUCAGUGCCUUCAGUCCCUAUUUACAUCUGGAGAAGACAAGAGAUACACCCUCUCCAGUGUUGUCUGUGAGCCCCUCCACUGGUCAGGUGAAGCGUGGGGACACUCUGUCCUUCAGCUGCUCUGUCCCUGUCCCGCCUCAGUCUCAGUCCCGGUCUAACCUUGGCAACCGACCCAUGACCUUCCUUCUGCUGAGGGCCGCUAAGCAACCGGGGGCCACAUCUGUAAUCCUCCAGCCUCAAGCCAGUCUGGUAUCAAACCAUGACCCCCAGCCAGGAGUCUUCACUGUGGGGCCGGUGACGGGUGGAGAGGAGGGGGAGUACACCUGCCUUUACCAGGUCAAUUUAAGAAGUGGAUUGGUUAAUUCUACUGUCAGCAACAUGGUUCUAAUCUCUAUUACAGAUGCGUUGCCUGUUCCCACUCUCGUCCUCGAGCAGCAGACGGCUGUGUGGCAUUUGCUCUGCACAGGCUCUGCUGCGUACCCCGGUGCUGCGUUCUCCCUCUACGUGGCUGAUAAUGAAAUUCUUGUUGACACUCACGAAGUUACCUUGAUCCACCAUCAGGUCACCUUCCCAGUGCCGGUACAGGAAACUCCGGUGGCUUUCUACCAGUGCCAGUACAAUGUCCUCCUGGCGGGGAAAUGGAGCAACUCUCCACGCAGCCUCCCUUUAGCUGUAACCAGAGGAAUUCCUCCUCCAUCAUCAACAGAUUUUUCCGCUGUGGACUGGCCUCUUGUACUGGGGUCUUUCUCCGUUGUGGUGUUGUUCCUCUGCUCAGUGAUACUCGUGGUUGUGGUGGCACGCAGGAAAAUCAAGGCAGCAGCUGAGGAAAAGAAGAGAAGAGAGGAAGCACACUUCUGGACUCAAGUUCAUGCAAAGGACCAUGUUGUGGACCUUACACUCAGGCGUACAAGUAUCACUCAGGAAUGGGCCAGUGAGGACUCACCCACAGAGACGGCCUCCAGAUCCCCUUUAUGGACCUCGCUCUCCACAUUCACAACCCCGACCCACCCCUACCAUUAGAACAUUUGGUGUUUUCUUUCGCUCCCUCUCCGUCCCUCUCUUUCUCUCUGUCUGUUUAUACUUUUUUGAGUUUAUCAAUGUAGCGUCAGCUGGAGUAACACAGCAGGACAGGAAGGGCUAUUUCCCCACUUCCUAUUUCAUGUUCAGCAGUUAAAUGUACAAUUUUACAGGAUAUGAUGUUUGUUUGAUCUUACAUGUUACUGAGCCAGUGAAUCUAAAUAAA